GUCUCAGUUCAUGGCGGGAGCUUGUGCUGAAUGUUCCACAUCUUUUUCCGCUGUUACGUCGUUACCACAGGUGACCAGCCACCAGAAGCAACGUUCGUCCCGUUCAAUUGAGCCAGCUGUUCACUCAUUGAUGCAAUAAAUCAAGUGAAAAAGACGGACUGGUAGAUUACGUGAGUCACAGUCAUCCACACAGUUCAGACUCGGUGUCGCCGCAAUAAGCAACCCUUUCCGUUCUUCCCUCCGUAACGACCUCACUCUCGUGUGGAAGUACCUGAAUCUAACAACUCGGUUGAGUCGUGCUAGUGGAUCAGCCAGCCUACUAAACACACAGGCAUACGGACCCCCUCGCUGCACGAAGCAGCCUUAAUUCUUUGAAGCCUAAGUGUAUGUAUAAGUGUGAAAGACUUUUCAGUCUCAGCAUAUUCCGCACAACGCAGACUGGUAUUCGCUAAUCCGUCUGGUCAAACCGACUGCUACAAAAAGUGGUCCUUGUCAGUCCGCUUCACUACACCACGCUGCAGCUUAGUCAUCUAUCCCAGCCAAGGCGUUUUCAGGCAGAGACUGCAUCUGCGUUCUAAUCGCCCACUCGCCGAAAUCAAAGGGUUAUUUGGCGUUCGAGUUUGAGGACUGAGUUACCUUUAAUUCCUGGAGAAGAAUCAAUGAUUAUGGCCAUGGUUAACAACCUCCCUACAGCCAAGGACUCACGUUGGUUGCAGUUGGAGGUCUGCCGAGAAUACCAGCGAAAUAAAUGUUCCAGAGCUGACACUGAGUGUAAGUUUGCCCAUCCACCAGGGAAUGUGGAAGUCCAGAACGGGAGGGUGAUCACCUGUUAUGAUUCUAUAAAGGGGCGGUGUAACCGAGAAAAACCUCCCUGUAAGUAUUUCCACCCUCCACAACACUUGAAGGAUCAGCUGCUAAUCAACGGAAGAAACCAUCUUGCCCUUAAGAAUGCCCUGUUGCAACAGAUGCCUCUCCAGCCAAUCCUUCCCAGCCAGAUUCCUGCUGUGGCUGCGACGAACUCUUAUAUGGCCACCCUUCCCACAAUGGCCACAGGUUCCACCUUCAGUCCAUACUUGAAUCCAAGUCCUAUUAUGGGGAUGAUGUCAGCCGACGCCAUAGCAGCACCACUGAGCAUUAUACCCGCACCCAUGGUCACACCCCAGAAAAUGCCACGCACUGAUAGGUUAGAGGUGUGCCGAGAAUAUCAACGCGGCAACUGUAAGCGGACUGAAACUGAGUGCCGCUUCGCUCAUCCUCCUGAGCACGUGGCUGUGGACGGUACCGAAGGCAUGGUGACAGUCUGUAUGGAUUUCAUAAAGGGAAGGUGUACGCGGGAUCCAUGCCGCUACUUUCACCCGCCGCUUCACUUGCAGGCACAGCUAAAGGCUUCCCAAAGCAGAGCUAACACCGCCGCUAUGGUAUUUCCUGGUAUGGUCCCUUACACCAAAAGAACAGCUUUUGACAAGAGUGGGCUCCCUAUGUACCAGCCAAGUACCACACCGUAUCAACAAGCCAUCACCAUGCAGGUUCAACAACCCUUUGUGCCUGUCUCGUUUGCUGUACACCCUGGAAAUGUGCCGAGAUUUUAAUUCAGGUUUGUGUAAUCGACCACCUUAUUACUCUGUCCAUGUAUCAGAAGAUUCUGCGGAAAUGGCUGGUGGGAAGGUGAGAGUAUUUCCUUUUGUGGUCGAGUGGAAGUGUUCCUGCCCGUCAUGCAAGUACUAUCAUCUCCUUGCGGGUUUGCCCUUUUUAAACACCCUGGCGCAACUUUUGCCAAGGUUUUAUCUAGGGCUAAUAUUGUGGGUUAACUAGUAUGUGUCCGUCUCUUUUUUUAGGGGCAGGCAGGGGGGGCUACCCAAAAGCAAAAAUAUAGGCUGAUGCUCACGUGCACCAGUAACGUAUUCAAGUACGUGAUAUCUUAGGAGAAAGGACCUACUUCAAAUUCGAUGAAAUUCUUUUCUUUAAAUGUUGAAAUCUGAAUCGGUUUUUCUGUGGUUGAAGUUUGCACGAAAAAGAGCUUAUCUUAAAUAAUUAUGAAACUGUGUUUAGAGAUCUAGUCACAGAGACGACAAACAUGAAGAAUGGAUAUCUCUCAUGCACCAUCAACUGUGGUCACAUCGGAGGCAUGACUAUUAGUUAACGAAUUUUUCGUGUUUAGCAAAAAAUCUGUUCACCAUUACUUCCUUUCAAAGUCAACGUUUUUUUGUGAUAAUAAGCUGCACGUGCUAUAUACUUCCUUUUCUCAGAAUUGUUUACGUCAUUUAUCGAUGAAUUUCGAAAACGGCGUAAUCAUUCAAAAUAGCUAACACUCGCCUGUUUUAAUAUUAUUUUCGCUGCAACUUUUUGAAAUGUUAAUUAGAAUACGUGUUAUUGGUUAUUAUACAAAUAUACAGGUGUCGCUGUAGCUGUAAAUAUAAAACAAUGGCGUAAUGUUGUAUAUGGAGUCAGAUCUUGCCAUUUUUCAGUUUAGCUUGUUGGAUUUGUAAUCACUAAAAAUACGUUACAAAUCAAAAUUUAUUUUAAGGUAUUCCAAUUUUCUCUGAUGUUGUUGUUAUACUGAAAUUCUACAAGAGAAACUGGGCAUUUGACAGUUUGUAACAAGAUGCUUAUAAGUCAUUAACCAAUGUUUUUAAGGGACAUGGUACAACUUGUAAAUUGGUUCAUGCACGUAACUCUAUGAACUGAAGAAAAUAUUUAUAUGUGAAAACUAAAAUAAAUAUUAAGAAGUAGUUUAAUAAUUUUGAAGGUUUUUAUGUCCUUCAACUGUGCUUAUCAAAAAAUUUAUGGAUAUAAUUGUUGGUUUUGCAUUAAUUCAAAAUCUAAAGAACAAAAACGUUACCGGUAGUUUUUUUCUAUGAAAUAUGUAUAAUUUUAAAGAUAGUUAAUUACUAUUGUAACGAUUUUUUCUUUUCCUCUUUUGAAUUCUGUUAAUGAAGAUAAUGAAUGAGACUGUUCAAUCGAACAGCAACGUUCUUAUGGAACUUAAAGAGCUGUACAUAUAUAUAUAUGUAAUUCAGUGAUGCACGUAAUUCGGGACAAAAGUAGCUCAAAGAUUCAUUAUAAAAUAAAGCAGGAUUACACCAAGAAGCUAGCCCAUUAUUAUUAAUGAACGUAGAAUGUAACGCGAGAAGCAAACGACUUCUACUAAAACAUUUGUAAAAGAUUGCGAUAAAUGGUGCCUAAUUUUAACAGUUAGAUUGAAUUAUAAGCAUGGACACUAGCAUUAUACAUAAUUUAAUAAUUGAAGCCACACUUAUUAGAUAAAUGUCUGUAAAUAAUACAAAAACACAAAUAUAUAUAAUUCUUAAAAAUCAAACAAGGUGUGUUGCAUCAAAUGUCUGCUUAGAUAUAAUAUUGGUAAUUCUUGGAGUCACAGAGUAAA